GAGUUCAAAGCUACGUCACAUUCCCGGAAGUGGACCAGCAGUGUUACAGACGUAGCUGAGGAUUAAACGAGUAGAAACUCACAGACUUUAUUCACAUUUUGCAGAAAAGCCUUGUUGUUUCCUUGAUGGAAAGAAUGCUGAACAUGAGGCUCGGUAAAGCAGGACAUCUAGACUGAUGGCAGCGAUAACGGUGUUGCGUCACGUCAGCGCUAGUCCUCUGCUAUGGGGCUGGGGGCCUGUUCUCUUCAUCCUGUUGAGCUCGGUGUUGGUCCUGCUGCUGCCUCUGGUGGGUGUGGAGGAGAAUUGUUGCGCCAAACUGAAAGGCAUCUCCCUCUUGCGCUGCCAUCUUUGGGGCAACACCCAUCGUGCUGUGGGGCACUCGACCAGCCUCACCGUACCCUACACUGCGCUUCAGCUACUACCUCAGAAGCUCAAGCCCAGCAAAGAAUCACAGUCGGAGGCAAAGGCAGCUCUUCAGCAGGCCCUGGAGAUGAAGAAACAGGGGAAAAAGGAGAAGGCGCACAAACUUCUCGUCCACGCGCUGAACAUGAACCCAGACUUUGUGGACGCCCUCACUGAGCUAGGCACCAUCCUAGAGGAGGAGAAGGACGUGGUCCAGGCCGACCACCUGUACAGCAAAGCGCUCGCCAUUUCACCCUGCCACCAGAGAGCGCUGGUGAGCCGUGAUCGCACACUCCCCCUAGUGGAGGAAAUUGACCAGCGUCACUUUGGCAUCAUAGACGCCAAAGUGCAACGUCUUAUGGCCAUCCCAAAAGGCAAUUCUGCUCUUCGUCGGAUCCUGGAGGAGACUUAUUACCACCACAUUUACCAUACAGUGGCCAUCGAGGGCAACACGCUGACCCUGUCUGAGAUCCGGCACAUCAUUGAAACGCGCUACGCCGUGCCGGGGAAGAGCCUGCACGAGCAGAACGAAGCUAUUGGUGUUGACGCUGCCAUGAAGUACAUCAACACCACGCUACUGUCGCGCCCUGGAGCCGUCAAAGUCAACGAUAUCCUGGAGAUCCAUCGGCGAGUGCUGGGAUACACUGAUCCUGUGGAAGGGGGGCGAUUCAGAGCUAGCCAAGUGUUUGUAGGCCACCACAUUCCACCGCAUCCGAACGAUGUGGAGCGGCACAUGCAGGAGCUAGUACAUUGGCUUAAUUCAGAUGAAGCUCUGCACCUUCAUCCUGUGGAAUUCGCUGCUCUGGCGCACUACAAACUCGUCUAUGUACACCCAUUCGUGGACGGGAACGGAAGGACGUCAAGGCUUCUGAUGAACCUAGUGCUGAUGCAGGCAAAUUACCCACCAAUCACCAUCCGGAAAGAGCAGAGGGCGGAGUAUUACGCCGCCUUGGACACCGCUAACGAGGGUGACGUUCGGCCGUUCAUUCGUUUUAUUGCCAAGUGUACAGAGAUCACACUGGACACGCUGCUCAUAGCUACCACUGAACAUGCAGUGGGUUUGCCUGAUGCAAGCAAUCAGGCUUGUUCUAACUGUAAACAGACUAUAACGGUGCAUAACUGAAGUGAUAUUAGUGAGUCAGAGAAUAGUCCUGUUAUAACGACCGUUUUGGUCACUUUUGGACUCUUAUUCUGCUCGAUAGUCACCAUUAUUGCAGUGCUUUAAUGAAACUGGCUCAUUAAAGAUGGAGCUCCAACCAGGCAAGUCAAGAUGUUAGCAAAGGUGCAGUCCAUGCUGUCAUUUAAAACACCAUUCUGAGCAUGUAUCAUGCUGCCACUUAACAAGUUCAUCAUUUGGUGCUUGAGACAGUCAAAUAGUGCAUCAUUUUUGACAAUACUCUGAAUUUCCAUAUAGGUUAAUUAUUUCUUUCUAAUGUAGAUAAAUGAUUUAUAAAUACCUUUUGUAUUUUGAGACUUUCCCCGUUCUCGGGAGGAAAUCAAAUCAAGUACUUUACCUUCAGCCUGCCUGUAUCUAAAAUAUAAAUAUAUAUAUAUAUAUAUAUAUAUUAUAUUUUAGAUACCAUUGGUCAGAAUGUAGAACUCAUUGCGUGUGUUACAUCCAAGCUAUUCCAUUGCAUUUUGUCAGCUAAUUUUUUUUUACCAUUUUUAUCAUCAUAGUGGUCCAUUAGAUUGGGAAUGCAUAAAAAUGGGUUAAAAUCAGUUUUUUCUACAAGUAUUUAUUGAUAAUUGAGGUGGGUUUUUGGUUAUAAUGACUAGCAAACAUUUAUGCCAACACAUACUAAACAUUUUAAUAGUUAGCGAUUCAGCAGUGUUUACCUGAAUUUUCCCUUUAGGUGUUUUUAUUUUUAAAUUCAAAGUUCAAAAUUUUGGGUAUUCUCAUGGAAUUUGGCAAAAUUCCACACUUUGAGAUCAUUUUAUGUUACCAGGAGUCUUUUUGUACCCGAGUGCUAACUAGCAUUCCACACACUUUUUUCCGUUUACAUAUAAACGGUGUCACAACUAAAAAUGUAAAUUUUUGUAAAGAAAAUGAUCAGAAUUCUGCACCACACAAACUAGUUAUGCUAAUGUUGCUAAUACAGAAUUAAGGCUAGUCAGCUACAUUUUCCCCUAUUGUACGUGCCAUUUCAAUAUUCUUUAAGACCUGACCCGAGUGGACAGCGUUUUGUGUUUAUUUGCUUCUUCUUGUUUUGUUUUGUUUUCUCCGUAAGGUUAUGUUUAGCUCUACGGACAAUAUUAACCACAGUACCACUUUGUGCCUCAUGUUGGAGGUUUGCACAAAGAAGCACUUUAUAUUUCAGGAAUGACAUUAUUUAUUUUACAGACUUGUGAAGUUAUUUUAGCUGUGUGUGUGAGAAAGAAUUAUUAAAUUAUUGACAUCAGCA